AUGUCUGAACAGGAGGAUUCGAAGCAGAUGAGUGAGCAGGAAGAGAAUCGGCGGAUUUCGGUGCAGGUGUCAUCACUAUCCACACAACUAAUAGAAAGCAUCGACAAACAGUCGCGGUUAGAGGAGCAGCUCCAGCACGCGAAAAAAGCGCUAGCGGCGCAAAAGGAUGUUGUAAAACAGUGCGAGAGCGCAAGGGGGGAGGCGCAACAGCUUCGGAGUCAACUCGCGGAUCGGGAUACGGAGCUUGAGAGGCAGGGCGAGGAGCUUGAGGAGGCCCGGAAGGCGCGAUUGGCAGCGGAGCUGGCUGUGGAGCGGUUGAACAAGGAGAUCGAGGAUCUCACGACAUCGCUAUUCGACGAGGCGAACCGGAUGGUGUCGAAGGCGCGCAAAGAGAAGCACGUGGUGGAACAGCACAAUGCGCGUCUUCAGGAACAACUACGGGAGAAAGACAUGCUAUUAGACACGCUUACAAUCCAGCUGAAGAACCUAAAGGAUGUGUUGUACAAGGUGGAAGAUGAGCAAAAUACUCGGAGUCGGCGCCAGUCGGUGAUGGACAGUGUCAACCCCUCGCACACGUCACUCGACGUGGACGGGUACGCAUCUGCGUUUGACAAUAUGCUAUCAUCGGGGCUUCUAUUUACGCCGGCGGUGCAAUCUUUGCGGUACGACAUUCCUAUGUACACUGAAUAUUUAAGGUUCCUAGCAGUGUUGCCUAUGUGUAAGAGCAUCCGAGAUACCAGGCACGAUUCGAAGUUUUUGAGAAGGUUGGUAUCUGACGAAAUACAGCCAGUGUUGCGGUUGGACUCAGCGACAGGCUUGGGGUGGUUGGUGCGUAGAAACUUAAUGAAUCUGAUGAUAGAAGGCCUCGUCGUCGUGGAACCCCUUAGCGGCAUUAAUGAAACCUACCGCAUGGGCUAUGCAUCUCCUCAAACCCAUUCUCAUAGUAAAUCUAGUGAACCUGCAGCGGUUAAAAUGUUUACCUAUCCUGUUAAUUCGCCGCCCGUGGCAAUCGAAGCACCAUGUGCCUUUUGCUCAGAGGCGCGCAAUGAUAUUCUCGAACAUGGACGUUUGUAUGUGCUCAAGACACUACAGAAAACAGAGACCGGUGAGCUUCUUACCGAAAACCAGUAUCCAUUGUGCCAUUUCUGCCUCCUCAAAGUCAGGCAGACAUGUGAGAUAUUUGCCUUUUUAAGGUCAUUGAAAACAGGUUCUUGGAACUUAGAGAACGUAACUCUCUCCUGUGCAAAACAAGAGAGCGAUGCUUUUACACAGAUUCCUAAUAGUGUUCAAGCUUCACCAGUUAUCCAUAGGGAUGAGAACAGUAUUACCAGUUCAAGCAAACGACUAAGUUUCAUGAGUAGUCUAUCAAGAGUAUCCACAACAAGUAAGACCACACCUAGGAUAGAGGCUGUGACAGAUUUUAAUGAAAAGAAAGGGCUACCUCCAACCAAUGUCCAGAGAUCAUGGGUUCACUUAUGCAAACUACGCGCAUCCUUGCAUUGGUCUCACAUCGGCGUGUGGACACUUGAUGACGCUGUACAAACAAAGGUUGUCCCUCUCUCACCGGAAGACAAGAUAUCCUCGGUUUCCAGUGAGUCAAUAUCGCCACAGGAUUGGACAAAACUACCUUCGCCGCAAUCAGUUGAAAACUCCUUUAUCUUCCAGAAAGAGGACGAAAUCGAAGAAGGCUUUGAUUUUGAACACGGCGAAGAUACGAUAGACACACUUAAAGCCGCUCCCACCCAGAAAGAUAAAUCAUCUACACAGUCUGAAGAUGAAACUGCGCAGAACAUCAAUAAAAAGGAAACUAGCCUAGAAGCGCCUGUUGUUUUGACGGAUAGGUCAAAGAAACAGGCAACGCAGCUACUUCCGGCUACACAGGAUGACGAAGCCACGGAACCGCCACUACCGAAAAUAGCAGCUGGUUCAGCAUCACCUCCUAAAUCUGAUCGGGGUCUAUGUCCCGUAGAGAAGCCAGACUUGGUUGCUACAGAGUCUCAUGAUUCCGUAUCCUCUAGCAAAAGCAAGCCAAAGGGGGAAGACGUGCUAACUGACGUGACUGAUUCAUCAGAGCACGAUACCAAUGAAACCCACAGCUCGUAUCAUGAAGCAAAGGAGUCCUUAAGCAAUACUGAAGGUACAAUAACCUGUUAG